UCCAGGACCCUUUUUUAAAUUUAUUUUUUUUAACAUCCCCGCGCACCGCCGCCGCUGCUCCGUAAGCCGCACACUUUGGCUUCUUCAGACCCCGGUGCCGCUUCCUCCGAUCCCGCCGCGGGACACCGCGAAGAGACGGUCCCUGCGCUCGCGCGCGUCCGCGCCCGUCCAAGUAGGACUGCGCACGUUAGACGGAUUAGGAGAGGAGGGGGGAGAAGUUGGUCACCUGCCAGCCAGAGUGGACCGACACCACGGUGCGAGCCGACUCCCAGUGCCGUUCACCGGGCGAUGCCAGAGUAAAUGCCGGGGCCAUGUCCCGCCGCAAGCAGGUGAACCCGCAGCACUUCUCGUUGACGCGCAGGGAGACAGCACGCGCAGAGGCCAGCUAUGAUUCGGGGCCGGUGUCUUCGUCUCCGGAGCUGUCCACCCCCAGCCCUCGGAGGCCGGGCCCCAGGGAGCACGACAUGCUGACCUGCGGCCAGUGCCAGACAAACUUCCCUCUGGGCGACAUCCUGGUUUUCAUAGACCACAAGCGACGUCUAUGCCGGGGGACUCGAAGCGGACCGGAGUCCUUCUCCAAACCCGGGGAGACUGGCGGCGUCCCCGGCGUUCCCAUCUCUCCCAGGGUGGCAUCUCUGGAGCUGGGCAGAGGGUCCACUCCGGUGGAGGUGGGCAUCCAGGUGACCCCCGGCAGAGAAGAGGCUCUGGAGAGGAGCCUGACCCCGGCCAGAGGGAUCUGCCCCAAACAGGAAAGAGGAGAUAAAGGUGAGCCAUCCAGCUACAUCUGCACCACCUGUAAGCAGACCUUCACCAGCGCCUGGUUCCUGCUUCAGCAUGCUCAGCACACUCACGGCAUCCGCAUCUACCUGGACCACCACACAGUCAACUACUCUCUCACUCCCCGCUUGGCUCUGCCUCCACCCCCGUGCACUGAAGCCCUGCCCCGCUCCCCGCUCCCCACUUUCCUUGGUGACACCAACAACCCAUUCCACCUCCUCCGCAUGGCCGCGCCUCUGCUCAGGGAACACCACCCUCCGCCGGGGUACAUGGAAACCCGGCUGCCUGCCACGCCACCCUUCAUCAGCCCCCCCCCUCCACCGAGACCCGCCCUAGACCGGCUGGGCCCGGAGGAGAUGGGGCUGCUGUCACAGCACCCCAGCGCCUUUGAGAGGGUGAUGCGGAUGACCCCCAUGGAGCCGCCUUCCAUGGACUUCUCCCGUCGUCUCAGGGAACUGGCAGGCAACACGACCAAUAACGGGGGGCCCACACCUCCUCUCUCACCAAACCGUGUGCCGCCGAUGCACCGCUUGCUGAGUCCGACGCUUUUCCAGGCCGGCGCCAAACCCCCAGCAUUUCUCACCUAUGCCCCGCAGCAACCCACUUCUCAGGGGGGGCACGGUUCUUCCAGCCCUCCGGACGCCCAGGGUCCGAACCAGACCCCGGGGAAAUCCAAAUCCUGUGAAUUCUGCGGAAAGAUUUUCAAGUUUCAGAGCAACCUCAUUGUCCACAGACGCAGCCACACAGGAGAGAGGCCGUACAAGUGUCAUCUAUGUGACCACGCCUGUUCCCAGGCCAGCAAGCUUAAAAGGCAUAUGAAGACCCACAUGCACAACAAGUCUGGGUCCUUAGGUGGCUCCCCAGAGCAGGGAAAUAGAGAAGAGGGAGGAGAGGGUGAAGAAAAGAAUAUGGAGGGGAGUUCAAGAGGCUUGGGGAUGGACAAUGAGGAGGAUGAGGAAGAAGAGGAGGAAGAAGAAGAGGAGGAAGAGGAAGAGGAGGAAGAACUGAGGAAUGGUCGGCCAGAUUCAAACUUAAGCGAAGACUCCCAAGACUUCGGCCACAAUAGGGAGAAUGGCUCCAGACAAUGUCUCGGGGAGAAACCCCUGGGUGGGGAUAGAGUAAGUGACGGUGGCGGCGUGGGUAUCAUGCACCAGUUCAACCAUCUCGACAAUCACCUCAGACUUAACCCUAACAAGAGAGGCCUGGAGAGACAGCCGAAUGGAGAUGUUGCUGAAAGUGAAGAAAGAGAGAACGAGAGGGAGCAGGACAGAGGACGGGAUCAGCACGUGGAGCAGAGGCCUGUGAUGAACGGUAGGAUCAGUGUACCUGAAGCAGACUCCUUCCCCGGGCUGUUCCAGCGUCGUCCCACCCCCAUCACCAGCCCAAACCCCUCCAAUAACAAGAGGAUCAAAAUAGAGAAGGAACAGCUGGAGCUUCCUCCGACCUUACCUCUCAUUUCCCCGGAGAACGUCUACUCUCAGCUGCUGGCAGGCUACGCCGCUUCACGCCACUUCAUCAGAGAACCCUACUUGGGAUUCACCGAUUCCCGUCAGUCGCCGUUCGGCACCUCCUCCGAGCACUCGUCCUCAGAGACAGGAAGCCUCCGCUUCUCCACCCCGCCCGGGGAGAUAAUGGAAGGAGGAAGCGUCUCGGGCCGCAGCGGCAGCAGCACCCCUCACCUCCUGCGGGGACCUGGACCCGGCAGGCCCCCGAGCUCUAAGGAUAGGCGGAAUGACACCUGCGAGUACUGUGGCAAGGUGUUCAAGAACUGCAGCAACCUCACGGUGCACCGACGCAGCCACACAGGCGAGCGGCCCUACAAGUGCGACCUGUGCAGCUACGCCUGCGCCCAGAGCUCCAAGCUGACGCGCCACAUGAAGACCCACGGGCAAUUCGGAAAGGAUGUGUACCGCUGCGACAUCUGCCACAUGCCCUUUAGCGUCUACAGCACACUGGAGAAACACAUGAAGAAAUGGCACGGCGAACACUUGAUGGCCAGUGAGGUCAAACUGGAGCAGGCGGACAGAGGCUGAGCCAGCAGCCAUUUGUUAAUCAGCCUACGGUGUACACAAGCAAACAAUAACACACAUACAAGAACAAGUACACACACAUGUACACACCAAAAUUCCUGUAACCUCUUCUUCAGCUAGGCUACUUGGCUGGAUAAUCUCUCUCUCUUUAAAAAAUUGAGACUGAUCGAUGUUAAUCUUUCUUUUCUUGUCGCAGAAACUGCCACCUAAGAAUAUAAACAAAGGGAAACUUUAAUGAUAACUAGUCUGGAAUGCACAAUAUGGUGCUUCCUGGCAAACUGUCUGAGGAUUUUAUCAGUUAGGAGUCCAUGGAGCCUUUCUACUGUGCAAUAAUUUCUGUAUUUAUUGGAUUUUUGUAUUGAUAUUUGGCAUGUGCAGGUACAUCUUUGUGGGAUUUCAAAUGGAGUUAGUUUUGAAAUGUGCUAAAUUGUUUUUUCUUUCUAAAAUGAGACAACUGAAGUCACCCUUAAUACGAAUUUUUCUUGUUUUCUCCUAUAAGGAAGCUUAUUGACAUGUCUGCGUAAAAUUGUACAAAGCAGUUUUUAAAGUAGAAUAAUUGUUUUUUAUAUUAACUGCAGCAGCGGACUACAAUCCACUCCCUAAUACUGGCCUAAAGCACUGAAUGUCAGCCUGACAAUAAAACAUUAUGCUGGAUUUCAAAAAUCCAACAUUUUCUGAAAGACCUGAUAAAUUACUUUACAUUCAUUCAGGGGAUUUGUCCUUGAAAAUAUUGGCAUGUGAAUAAUUUUUAAAAUGCAGUUACUGUAUUGCUGUCCUUGCUUGAGUCGGGACAUUAAUACAGGUAGCACUUAAUGGAGGUACCUUUAACUGAUGCUCAGUACAUUCCCAAUGUAGGAUUAAAUACCAUAUUUAAUAUGUUGAAUGAAUUACUUAUGAUUAACGUGUGAGGCAGAACAGUCCCGUUUAUUUUUUUUGUAAAUAUUUUCUUUUUUUGGUAUCUUAAAGCUGCCCUGACUGUACGUGAAAGACGGACUAAAACUAAACAAUCAGAAGACCGGCUGCCUCCGCAGAAUACGCUCAAAGAAUAUGUUGAGUGUAACGACCAUUCAUCUUUGCUUUAUUAGACCCACCUGUUUAUCUCCCCCACCCUCUGUGUGCUUACUGGAAGGCAGUUUGUUAAACUAAAGCUACUUGAACAAUUGCAACACGUUCUCAUUCAUCUCGAUCUCCUUGUUAUGUCUGCUGGGUGAUCCGUCUCCGACCCGGGGUUUGCCUCCCCCUGUCCCUUUAGGAUCCACGAAAUGCUUCCAAAUGCAAUUCCUAUCAAUAUGUGUUAGCAUGUGUGUUCCUCUCACUGCGGUGUGUUCUAAGCCUCUCUCUUCGAAGGUUCCUUUUCACAGAUCACUAGCUCAGAUUUAUGCAUCAGAGCAGCUUUUAAAAGCCUCAAAGUGAUUUGUUUUAACUCCCAGCAAAAGGUAUCGAGACGGUGUACAUGUUUGACUUUUGGGGAUAACAGUUUUUAUUUUCUACAUUGUUGGUCCGAAAAGUACUCUUUUGGUGAGAGAAAAGGGCUAUUUUAUGAGUUAUGAUCAUUUUGAGCACAGCUGCAAGGAAGUGACCUUAGUAGGCUCUAUUCUUAUGGUCAAAAUGAAAGAUUGAAACUGAGAAAUGCAUAUGAAAUGUGUGUUUUUUUCACCCAAAUUCACAUCCAUCACAUCUUGUAAUGGACUAUCAGAGACAGAGCGAGCGUGAGAGCAAUGGAGACGGCAAAACCAUGUGAAAGGAAAUUCAGACUACAUCUUUUAUCUUAGUUCUGCAAUUCUCAAUCAUCUUCACUUGAAAGUUUAAAUUGCUACUUCAGCUUGUUGUCUUUUUCAUCUGCACCAUUUGUUUUGCCAAAACAAUGAUUAUACUCUAUGUUUAAUGCCAAUUGCCCGUUUUUGGAUUUGAGAAAGGAUAUGAUGUUGAGGCCAUAGCAGUUCUCCAAAAGCUAGUUCAAUAUUUUAACAGUGAAUUGACAUAAGAAGUGAGAUUGGCUAAAGAGUUGCUUUACGCUUGCUUACACAUGUGACGCCUACACCAUGAGAGCAAAAAUCAAAAUCCUGUUACGAGUGUAUUCAUUCCAGUGAAACUGGAAAAGGAGGAAUAAAACUAUGAGACAUAUCGCAUCCAAACAGUGAACAGUGGAACGCUGACAGAGACCCGAUCACACCUGAACAUUCAGGCCUUCAAUAUGUUUGAAGAGUAGAAGUAUGCUAUUAAUACAAUACUCUGUGUAAGUGUUUAAAUGAUAACAAAGUAUUGUUUUUGUCAAAUGUUUUGAAUGCCAUUACAGUUUUGUAUGAUUAUCAUGGUGGAGGGAUUUGUUUCUAUAUGAUGUUUCUGUAUGAUUCAUUUUUCUCUGUAUGGGAGGACAAUUUUUACUGCAGAAUCAUGCCAGAUUAUUAUUUUUUUUAUUUUAUAAGAGUGGUACUCAUUUGUUUUAUUUAAUUUUUUCUUUGUUGGUAUGGUGAAGCUCUCCUCCAUGGACGUAAAAAAACGAUAAAAAAAAACAGAAUUACAUGAAUGAGAUGAUUCUAAAAGAAGAACUUUGGGCAGGGAAAUGAGCAUUGAGCAGGAAUCAAUUUUAUGAGAUAUUCAUGAACAUUGGCUUUUGUUUUUCCUCAUGGUUGGUUAAAGGUCUUGUGAAGGCACUUACAACUGUAAUUUUAAAUACAUUUUAAUAUUUAACUUUUCACAACUUUCACUUUCACUCUUUGUACAAAACAGUUUCCUGUUUGUUUUUGGUGAGAGGAGGGGGGGUAUCAUUGUGAAAAAAAGUGAUUUUCGAACAGUGGAUCUGCUGUUUUGAGCAUAUAUGUAUUUUUGUAAUGUGUUGAAAAAUCAAUACAAGAAAGCCAACACUUCAAUAAAUGUUGCAAUUGCUCUAUGAUUGAAGCAA